AUGGAAAAACUCUACAGUGAAAAUGAAGGAAAGCUGGAAAAAGAGGGAAAACCAAAAAGUGAAGUAGAGCCGGAAGAGGAAGGAAAGUCAGAAGAGGAAGGAAAGCCGGAGGUGGAGGGGAAGCCAGAAAACCAGGGGAAGCUAGAGGAUGAGGGAGAGCCAGGUGAUGAGCGACAGCCAGAGGGAAAGAAGGAAAAGCAGGGAAAGCCAGGAGAUGACGGGAAACCACAAGGUGAGGGCAAGCUGAAGUCUGAGCGAAAGCCAGAAAGCGAGCCCCGGGCUGCCGAAAAGCGCCCGGCUGAAGAUUACGUGCCCCGGAAAGCGAAAAGAAAAACCGACAGGGGGACGGAUGAUUCCCCCAGGGACUAUCAGGAGGAUUUACACGAAAGGCACCUGAGCAGUGAAGAGAUGAUGAGAGAAUGUGGUGAUAUGUCAAGGGCUCAGGAGGAGCUAAGGAAAAAACAGAAAAUGGGUGGUUUUCAUUGGUUGCAAAGAGAUGUCCAGGAUCCAUUCCCCCCAAGGGGCCAGCGGGGAGUCAGAGGAGUCAGGGGCGGAGGUAGGGGCCAAAGAGGCUUACAUGAUGCCCCAUACCUUUAAUGCCUUCGGCUUUCAAUUCUGAUUCUCCGAUGAGAAUAUUGUGAGCCCCGCUUUCCCUGGCAGGCAUUUGCCAGGCUCUGUGCUUUAACCUAUGCUGAUACUUUGCUUUAGGUGUCACUCUUGUUACCAGCAGCCUUUGACCCCACUGCAGCGCUCUGUGUUUCAGUGGGGGAUUUUCACCCAUGUGCAUGGAAGAGAUGUUCAUGGUACCUUGUAAAAUAUUAAUAAAAAACAGUUUGCAGAACCA